GAAGAGUUUGCUCAUGUCAGGAGUAGUUGGGCGUCACCUCCAACAGAAACACAGACACAGGUGCACAAGUGAGUCUCAUUGAUCGCCAGUGGGCAAAAACCUACCUCUCUGACCACAAACUCCAGCCACUGACAGAACUUACUGGAGAUAAGGCUCUUAGUGUGCUUGGUGUUAAUGGCCAGCCAUUACCCUACGAUGGCUGGGUGGGCGUAAUGGUGAGUCUCCUAGAGAAUAGUGACCCAAACUUAACUGUGAAAGUACCCUUUUUAGUAAGCAGUGUGACCAUGGACUGCCCCCUGAUUGGUUUCAAUGUAAUUGAACAGCUGACACUGGGGCCAAAUGCUAGUUCAAACCUCAUACCAACUAUUGUGAGCCUCCUGCGCAGCGCAAUGAACCUCCAGGAUGACACAGCGACGGCACUGGUCAACUUCAUCGAGACCAAGCUUACCAGUGAUAACGUGGUCAGCCAGAGUGUCCUAAAAGUGGGCCUGCAUGAUGUAGUAAUCCCAGCUGGUCAAGUUAAGUAUGUUAAGUGUAAAUUCUCCUCUACAGUUGACAUAUCCAACCCCCUCGUGCUCUUUGAACCAACUGAGAGCAACCCACAACUGCAACAGCUUGAUGUUGCAGUUGUGAGUUCCAUCAUCACAGUUUGCGAUGCCAGAGUCCCAUAUGUCAAAGUACCUAUUGGCAACCACACUAAGCACGAUGUGACCCUCACCAGCAGAGCAGCCCUUGGAACUAUUGAACCAAUAACAGAAAUUGUACAAACUGACUUACCAAACCUCGGUGAGCCCGAAGUGACUCAAGAUGUCGACUCUGAUGUAUCUCAAAUACCCCAGCAGUGAGGUGAAGAUCAAGCAACACAGGAAUGGGAUCCACUUGUUGAUGUUAGCCACCUGACUGAAGACCAACAAACUGUUGCCAAGAAAAUGUUAAGGGAAGAGUCAGGGGCUUUUGCACAUGUUAUUAAGCAGCACAACUAGACAAAUAAAAGAUGUGCAUAACGAAAAACGGUAUAGUUAGAAUCACAGGGGAUUUGUGCACCAACUAAAUGGGCUUUUUGCCUACCGAGGGGUAUCUGACCCUAGAAAAAAAAACAAAAAAAAAAAAACCUGCAGCCAAGGUGGCCCUUUAACCAACCCAGACAGACCAGAGGAAAGUUGAUUUGACAAAAGAACUGCUUGGAUAGGUACAAGUUAAUUUCAGCUUAUAUACAAGAACUUUUAGAAGAGCAAAUGGAAUAAGUAAGAUGAUUAGAAAUUUGACCAGAGGGAUUGGCACAGUUCAUUUCACAUAGCAAUGUGCCUCUCUAUAAGCUUAAAAUGACAAUUUGAGUUAAGGUCGAUCAGAGUGAAAUUUGGGCUAACUGUAACUACUUAAAGAAUCAGUGUUUUAAAUAUUUUGGGAACUAUAUUUCAUUAUUUUGUUUUUUCAUUCUUUUCUUUGCAGGUUCAGUUUCCUCACCAGUCAUAGAACUCACCAAUGUCAAAAAUGAAAUGGUGUUAGAUAGUAAAUCUAAUGGCUGGUAUCCGGAACCGCAGAUGUUGUGGGUGGACAGUGAGGGAAAACCUGUUUCUGUUGAACCUACAAACAAUGUCAGAGGUUCUGAUGGGCUCUAUAGUCUCAGCAGUAAAGUGACUGUGGAGAAAGGACAGAGCUACAGCUUCACCUGCAAAGUUCAACAGAAAAAUAUCAGUCAAAUCAAAGAGGCACACAUCCAUGUUUCAGGUGAUCUCUUUAUGGUUCAGUCUAAUACUGCUGUUCAAAUUAUCGUCAACUUGGCUGUUUGUUUAAUAAGCGUUGGGACAGCAGUAAUCCCAAUAUGGAAAUGUGGACUGUUGGGUCUAAACUCAGACCCCGCUGUAUCCAGGACUUGUUCCCGUGAAAGAAAAACAAGGCAACAACGUUCGAUCAUUUACUUGCACAAGGGAGGCCUCGUCUGUAUCUUAGCUCAUCACGAAUGACCCCGACAAUGGCCUCCUCUCGCUGCCUUUUAUUGAGAGACAGUUCACACUAAACACAGCAAAGCAACGCCCACAUGGUUCUAAG